AUGAUGGGGUUUCUGGUACUGAAUGUCACCCUUAGGAGUCAGAAGGUGCAGGAGCUGGCUGUGAACUCUUCAUUUACAGAAGAGAAAAAGCCGAUGAACCUGUGACUCACUAGUGGUGACACUGAGAAUGAAUCUGAGAAGGAUGCAGACCAGAAUGAAAUGUCCAAAAUGAGUGAGCCCCAGGAGUCUGUCUUGCUGGCUGGUGCCUCAGCAGAGAAGGCAAUGCAAGCUCCUGACACUGACCUAGGAGUUGAAGAUCCUGAGAAGGCCUUUGCUGACAUUAUAGGCACAGAGCCCAUAUACUUGGAAGCACACAGGCUGAUGGAAGUGGUACCUGCCUCACACUUGAUUCAAAAUUUGGCUAAGCCUUACAUCAAUCUGAACCACCAUGUUCUAGGACCUAAAGGUGUCUAAGACAUUGUUAGUGCUAUGGUGUCCAACAUAACCAUUACACAAUUAGAGUUUGAAGACAGCUGCAUUUUGGUAGAAGGAGCUAUAUGCAUAGGAGAGAUGUUGUGAGAGAAUUCAUCCCUUCAAGAACUUUUGAAACUGGGAUAUACAAAACGCAUUUUGUUAGGCCAUGGGAUCUGUGUUACACUGAAAGAAAAGAGUCUUGGCAAAAUGCCUCUUGGCUCACCGAAGACAAAGAUCUAUAACAUCUCUAAUAAGCACCUAGACACAUCAGGAGCUAAAGCCAUUGCCAGUUUGCUUUUGGUUAAUUUGUCCUACCUCAAUGUUUUUCAACUCUUGGGGGUUGUAAACAACUUUGGAGAGGAGACUGCACCAUACUUUGCUGAGGCAUGAAUAGUGAGUUACCUGAAAUCCAAGAUGGCCAGUAAUCCCCUGACCACAGAAGAUGCCACUGCACUAGUCACAACCAUCAGAAAGAACAGAUCUCCCUCCAUAUUCAAGACUCCAGGAUCAUACACUAUGAGACUGAGAAAUGCUCCUGAGGUCCUGAGUGAGAGCAGAGGUUAUACUGCAGACCAGCACAGGGUAGACACCUGGCACAAUGAGUUGAUGAAUGAAACUUUCAUCAAGUUGCAGGAUUUGAUGGGUCAAAUGCAUCCUGAACUAGAUGUCAUCUACAGUAAGGUCAAAGGCUGAAUCACCAAGAUCCAACAGCAUCCAAAUCCCAUGGAAGUGAUUCAGAACUCUUUGAAAGAGCACAACCUACAACUCGAGAACUUCUUUGGGAAUAUUGAUAAGGAUGGAAAUAUAAAGAUUCCUGUGGCAGCCUUCUGGAAAGCCAUGAUCAUCCCACUGAACUGAGGCCAAACUGGUGAACUAGUGCACAGUCUAGACUGGAAUCAGACAGCAGUUGUGCAUUACAGUCACUUAAAAGACCAGGAGACAGCACAGAAGCCUGUGGAAGGGGAAAUAGAGGAGGAAGAAAGGGAAGAGACAUAA